CGCCAUCUCUCUCCAGGCAUGCAUCAAAGAAGGCUACCUCAUGAAGCAAACAAGCUCAUUCCAGAGAUGGAGAAGGAGGUAUUUCAAGAUUAAAGGAAGGAACCUUUACUAUGCGAAAGACAGCAAUUCUGAAAUAUUUGAAGAGGUUGAUCUGACAGAUGUAAGCGUUGCUGAGAACAGUACCAAAAAUGUUAACAAUAGUUUCAGGGUCAUCACACCAUUCCGCACUUUAAUACUUUGUGCCUAUAGCAGGAAGGAGAUGGAGGAUUGGAUAAGCGCGCUCCGAUCAACGACCAACAGGGAUUUCUAUGAAGUAAGGGUAGUGGUGGUGUCUGCGGUGCCACGGUUGUUGGGGUAUUUGUUGGUGGAGGUGCUUGCGUUGAUGAUGCAAUUAAAGUCCCACGGCCACGCUGCCGACGACGUCAACGUGCGUUGCUUGCAGCUAGCUACAGCUAGAGCAGCCGUAAUCUUCCUUAUCAGUCAGCUGUAUACCAGCCAGUCUUCUGCAGAGGACGGUGGAUCAUUAUUACUAUGUUUAGCAUCUGACGGGGAAACACACUGA